AUGGCGGGUCUGGAAACGAAUUCAACUGACUGUUUUCCAGUUGAUGAAUACAUAAUGACUUAUUAUCUGCCAGUGAUGUACAGCAUCAUUUCUGUAGUUGGAAUUGUGGGAAACUUCCUGGUGAUCAUCAUUUACCUGGUAAAACUCAGGCCUUGGAAGAGCAGCAGUAUUAUAAUGGUGAACCUGGCAGUAGCUGAUCUGCUGUAUUCGUCGAGUUUACCUGUGUUGGUCCACUUUUAUGUUACUAAAAACUGGACCUUGGGAGAGUUCAUCUGCCGUUUAAUCCGCUUCUGCUUCCACUACCAUCUCUAUGGCAGUAUCCUCUUCCUAACCUGCCUCAGCAUCUUCCGUUACAUCGCAGUAGUGCACCCGCUGAAGGCUGCUGAGAUCCUGAGGAAAAGAUGGACCAUCUUGGCUUGUCUGGCAGUCUGGGCCAUUUCCUUGGUGGAGAUCAGCCCGAUGCUGGGGAUGAUUACUGUACAGCAAGAUGACAACAUUACAAAAUGCCUUGACUUCGCCAGUAAUGAUCCACAGGUGGUGUGGUGGUAUGGUUGGAUACUCACAAUGUUUGGAUAUGUGUUGCCAUUGCUGGUGGUGUGCUGGAGCUACACUCACAUUGCAGGCUCUCUGGGCAGCAGCAUAUCCAGAAACCAACCGAGUCGUUCCCGAGUUCGCAUGCUGUCCAUUCUGAUUCUGGUUGUGUUUGUGCUGUGCUUCUUGCCAUACCAUAUCAUGCGUUUACUGAGGGUGAAUAGCCUGCUCAGACCUGGCGUGUCAUGCAUGGAGAGGAGAGGUAUCCAUGCAGCAUACAUAUUGUCACGACCCCUGGCUGGCCUCAACACCUUCUUCAACCUAGCACUGUAUACACUGGCAGGAGACAAGUUUCAGCAGGCUUUCUGGAGCUUUGUGCACAGGAAGGGGCACACAAGCGGCACUAUAUUUGUAAUCCACUCUCCAAACAAAGAAAGACCUCAUGAGGAUCUGAUACAUUAA